AAAAUGGUUUCAGCUGUCAGCAUUAGUUAACCAAUCAACAUCGACGAAUUUUGAUGAUUCUAACAAAAUAAAGAUUCCGUAAACGACUGUGGUGCGGCCGAAAGAAACGCCUCCAGGGGGAGAAGAACUGAUAAGAAAGGGUAAGAAGAUCAAAAAGAAGAAGAACUUUGUCGACUGGAAACCACAACAUCUCCAACUUAUUUUCCAUGGCUGGCACAUUGCGCUAUCUUGACAAAGUUGUCAUAGUUACAGGAGGGUCAAAAGGAAUUGGUAAAGGAAUCGUCCAAGUGUUCGUGAAAAAUGGGGCUAAGGUUGUGUUCUGUGCUAGAGGGGUGCAAGCAGGGCAGGCGCUGGAAGAGGAGCUUAACAGCACAGGUCCCGGAACCUGCCUGUUUGUGCCCUGUGACGUCACCAAGGAAGACAAUAUCAAGAAUCUGAUCUCCGUGACAGUUGAGCGCUUUGGUGGAAUUGACUGCCUGAUCAACAAUGCAGGAUGGCACCCUCCCCAUAAGCCCAUCGAUGAGACCACAGCUGAGGAGUUCAGGGAUCUGCUCAACUUCAACCUCAUCAGCUACUUUCUCACCACAAAGGCAAGACGCCAAGCCAAGGCUGCCUGGGGGGGGGGGGGACCCUGCCUGAAUGGACUGGCUCUGGCCCUCCCCCACCUCCGUCGUUGCCAGGGAAACGUCAUUCACGUGUCCAGCCUGGUGGCCUCCAUUGGCCAGAAGCACGCUGUUCCGUACGUCGCCACCAAGGGGGCGAUCGUAGCUAUGACUAAAGCAAUGGCCAUUGAUGAGAGUCGGUAUAACGUGAGAGUCAACUGUAUCUCUCCAGGUAAUGUGAUGACUCCCCUGUGGGAGGAGCUAGCCUGUCAGUCAGGAAAUGCAGCUGCCACCAUCAAAGCAGGCGAAGAAGCUCAGCUGAUUGGUCGGAUGGGAACAGAAGCCGAGUGCGGAUUGGCUGCCCUGUUCUUGGCUGCUGAUGCCUCUUUCUGCACUGGGGUGGAAUUACUUGUCAGUGGAGGAGCUGAACUCAACUAUGGGCACAAGAGCCAAAUCAGUUGAUCACUGGAUGCUGUGAGCAGGCCCAGAAGCUUAAAGGGACAGUCUGACUUUUUGGAAAAUUUGCUUUGACAGAAAUGCACCGUCCAGUAUCUCGAAAAGCUGAGUUAUUUACACUUGCAUCUUGUGUGUUCAUUCCGAGUAAAAAUAAGAGUAGAAAAAUAAGGUCUUAUUUGUUUUAGAGGCAGCUAAAUUCAGAACUAUAAUUGACAGUUAACCAAGUAUCCAUCCCCUGGGUGCAGUGAUUAGUAGCUGUGCAGCGCCACUGGAAGUUUGGGGUUGCCAGGGCAGUAUUAUGGGCUGCAGUGGGAGCGCAAGUUUACAAUCAGUGACAUGCAGUAACCUGGCAACCCCCAACUCACACUUGCAUUUCCAUUAGCACAGCUAACGCUGCUUCCAUCUGCGGUCAUUUAUAGAGCUAGCACAGUUAGCAUGCAGCCUGUAGAUACAGUCUAAAACAUGUUUUACAGUACGACAGGGAUGAAGCUGGUAUCAAUCUUAUUGUCCAAUUAUGGGUAAGAGCCAAAAAGUAGGACGGUCUCUUUAAUGCAAUGAUAGAGGUGAGCAGGGCUGAUACGGUUACUCAGUGAGACAGCAAGUAUGACUUACACACAGAUAUGAAGAUUAGAAAACGCACAGAUAGCUUUAGAAUGAUUACAAAGCAAAUUUGGAAAAAAGGUGAGAUGCUUUUUUCAUUGAUCUGCCUCUAAGCCAAUGAAAUCAGCCUGCACACAAACUGCUUGAACCUUAUUGGUUCGCACAAAAUGUAAUGUACAAAAGCAUGUAGUGAAUAAAACGUCUUGGACUGUUGAGGGCAUUUGCUUAAGGGACUCUAAAGUAGACUAACGAAAUACACUAUUAGGCUGUUUUCACUGGCAACUGUUUUUGACCAGGGAAGUUGCAUAUACUGGUGAUAUGUCUAAUGUGUAAAAAUAGCAACAUGUUGACAGCUGGAUAUCAGUACCAGGAAUGUAUGAUAAGUAUCAGAAAGAAACAUGGCACUUCACCUGUAUAUUACACGAGUUGAGUUUAAAGAGAAAUAAAGUGAUGCAACGCUACACUUUUAUUUUACCAUUCUUCUCUACUAUGUGACCUGGAAGGAAAACCAGUGGUUUACCUGUGUGUACCUGUUCAACAGAUAACCAUAGAUUUUUUCAACAGUUACUCUGUAAAACGUCCCACAUUAAACAAUAUGAGUUUCACAAGCCAGUAAUUGAAGAGGUAUAAAUGGUGGAUUGACAGAGAAUUGUCACUGAAAUUAUUAAAUGGCAGCAUUACUGUCCAAUGACGUGUUGUUAUACAAUGUGUAGUGUUACUUUCUCACAUGGACUGGCCCCGUUUUGCAGUGUCACACAUUUCUGUGUCACUUCGCCUCACCACCUCACAAAUUGGAAUAGCAGUGUACAUGUCAUGGAUUUUCAGCGAUUUACACAAAUGAAUGGAUAUUGGAUAUCUGAAAUAUUUUAUAUCUUGGGGGUAGGGGUGGGCAUGGGUGGGGGGGGGGGAGCCUGAACUGAUCUCCUGGACCAUUUGAUUUCCUGGGCCAUGUGAGACUUUCACUCAUUUCUUUGCUGGACGCUACUGUUUAAGAUUUACAGGUUGUUCUACAUUGAAUAAAAUGGCCACCAUUGCCUAAUCACAA